AGUGGAUAACUUCUUUCAAUGUCAUUCGUGCCUUGAUAAGGAAAUCGACAACUCGGACACAUACGGUUCCAACAAAUUCAAUCAAACUUGGGACCCCUUUAAAACACGCCAUGAAGGAAGUGACCGAUCUGGAGGCCCUCAGGGACACCUUGGCCAAGGAGCUACCCUAUUCCAUCCAGGCCGUGGAAUCUGUGAAACAUCAACUGAUUUUCAAAUAUAAUCCAGCCAAGACUUGCUUUGUCUCUGAAGAUUCGUCUUUAGUUGUGAUUAAGGAAGUAUCAGUUGAUGAUUUGCCUCUCUUCACCAUUUACUGCAAUGAGAAAGACGUAUCCAAGAUCGAGAGCGACUUGAGAGGAAUCCUUUCAUGGAAAGAUCCAUGGGCAAUUGGGUGCGUUCCGAAUUACAUGGUUCCAGUCUUGAAAAAAAUUGCACUGUCUCAUGGACCCGAAACUAACUUGGAGGUCAACGAUUGUUGGGUCGUGAUCCUGGAUCCCAAAGUCAAGCUGCCCGAGAUUGAGUUGAAACCAAAUUGGGAAGUCAAGCAAAUUCCUCCCAGUGAUGCCACGUUUGUGAACAAGAUGUGGAGAUAUCGCUCCGAUUCUAGCUUGGACUUGAUCAAGGCUCAAACAAAUCUUGGCCUUGGAUUUGGCACGUACGUAGAUGGCGAGCUCGCUUCAUCUACUGUGACCUUCAACUUUGGUCUUUUGGGCGCUGUGGCCACGGCUGAGCAUCACCGUAGAAAGGGUUUGGCUCAAAUCACAUUGGCAUUUGGCUCCAAUUACCUCCGAUCAUUGGGGCUCAAUCCAUUUGGAUAUGUGGAGACUUACAAUUCACCAUCUUUAAGUAUGAUCAAGAAAGUGGGAUAUACCCAUACCCACGAUGGUCCCUGGAUGUUUUGGAAGCGUCCUAAGCCCACCGACAAAUGAGCAUUUUCAUUUCCAUUUGAUCAUGUUAUACCUAGAUCACGGUCUAAUUUGCUUUGAAUGACACCCUUGACUAUAAAAUAAGCUACAGUUCAUAA